AUGUCUAACACAGAUAAAGUGGCUGAGGUUACCCCUCCGGCCUACGCCAAUGAUGCUGCCGUUGAGCAGGUCAUCGUGACCGACGAGAAGCGCGCUUUCGAUAUGGAUAAGGAGGCUCUCUCGGUUACCGUGGACGGCGAGGAACCCAACGACGAUGAGAAGCGCACCCUUCGCCACGUCGCAGAGAACCUGCCCGUCUCCGCAUGGCUGGUGGCUAUUGUCGAGCUGUGCGAGCGAUUCACCUACUACGGAAUGUCUGGCAUGUUUCAGAACUAUAUUCAGCGUCCUCUCGACGGCAGUGAGGGACGCGGUGCUCUCGGCAUGGCUCACCAGGGUGCUACUGGUCUGACCACUUUCUUCCAGUUCUGGUGUUAUGUUACCCCCAUCCUCGGUGCCAUCGUCGCCGAUCAGUACCUCGGAAAGUACAAGACCAUCGUCUGGUUCUGUGGUAUCUACCUCAUCGGUCUCUUGAUCCUCGUCUGCACUUCCAUCCCUACCGCCUUGGAAAACGGUGCCGGUCUGGGUGGUUUCAUCGUGGCGAUUCUGAUCAUCGGUCUCGGAACUGGUGGUAUCAAGAGUAACGUCGCUCCCCUGAUUGCGGACCAGUACAAGCGCAAGAAGAUGGCCGUCUCCACCACCGAGAAGGGUGAGCGCGUGAUCAUCGACCCUGCCCUCACCAUCCAGCGUAUCUACAUGAUCUUCUACGGAUGUAUCAAUGUUGGAUCCCUGUCUCUGCUUGCUACCCCCUACAUGGAAUUGUACAUUGGUUUCUGGUCCGGUUACCUCCUGUGUCUGUGCAUGUUCGCCGUUGGUACCCUUACCUUGGUCCUGGGUCGCAAGUACUACGUCGUGCGCCCUCCCCAGGGUUCCAUUAUCACCGACGCCUUCAAGGCCCUGGGCAUGAUGAUUAUGAACCGCAACAUGGAUGCUCCCAAGCCCAGCUGGCAAAUCGCCAACGGCAACGCCGAGGUUUCCCUGCCCUGGGACGACCACUUCAUUGACGAGCUCAAGCGUGCUCUCAUUGCUUGCCGCGUGUUCGCUUUCUACCCCAUCUACUGGGUCGUGUACGGCCAGUUCUCCGGUAACUUCGUCACCCAGGCCGGUCAGAUGAAGGGCCAUGGCAUUCCCAACGAUUUGAUGCAAAACUUCGACCCCAUCUCCAUCAUUGUGUUCAUUCCUCUACUUGAGACCCUCGUCUACCCCGCCAUGCGCCGCCUGAAGAUUCCCUUCCGCCCUAUCACCCGUAUUGCCCUUGGUUUCAUUGUCGCCUCCCUGGCCAUGAUGUACGCCGCCAUCGUCCAGCACAUGAUCUACUCCGCCGGACCCUGCUACGGCCACCCGCUCUGCACUGCGUCUGAGAUCGACGGUACCGCCCAAGGCAACAACGUGCACAUUGCCAUUCAGACCCCGGCCUACGUCUUCAUCGGUAUCUCCGAGAUUUUCGCCUCCGUCUCCGGUCUAGAGUACGCCUACACCAAGGCUCCUCCUUCCAUGAAGUCCUUCGUGCAGUCAAUGUACCUCCUUACCAACGCCUUCGGAUCCGCCCUCGCCGAGGCCCUGACCCCUGCUGCUUUCGAUCCUGCCAUCAUGUGGAUGUUCGUUGGUUUGGCCUGUGCCUCUUUCCUGUGUGGUAUCAUCUUCUGGUUCGUGUUCCACCACCUCAACGCACAGGAGGAUGAUAUGAACGCUCUCGAUGCGGACGACGGAAUGCCCGAGGCCCCUAUUGAGGAGGAACGUCGCCAAUCCAUGAGGCAGUAG